UUAACAGUUUAACAAAAAACUUUCAUAAAUUAUUUCGGUUCAGCUUUACAUACAGCAUCAAACUCCUUAACGAAACUUGUAUGUUGUGAGCGUUUAUAUUUCUAUUAUCAUUUUUGUCUUAGUUGCAUUAGGCGAACAAAAUGACAUAUUUUGAUUAAGCAUUAUUUCCCAUUCCUUGAAUUUUGAGUUAGUUUAUCGAAUUCCCUGUCUUAAAUGGAAAUUAUGUUUCGAAUGUACGGCAUUUGGUUUGAAAUUAUUUCAAUCCAUUUUAUAUAGGGCUAACUGAAUUGAUGAUCGCUAGUCUUGAUGGGAAACAGUUUGUUAAGACCAAUUCUUUUAAUGAAGCGUACGAAAAGCUGCAUCAGAAAAGAAUUGUUGUUUUGAAAGGAAACCCAGGAGAAGGAAAAACCACUAUGUCUAGAAUGCUUGCACGAGAGGUUGGAAACGGUAAAUGUGUGAAUCUGAGUACACCGUCUGACUGGAGAAACGUUAAUGUCACAGAACAUAUAGUCAUCAUAAUUGAUGAUAUUUUUGGAGCCAGUGUCCUUGAUGUCAACGAAUUUAGACGAUGGCACAAAGUUUUAACCGAAAUCGAAACUGCUGUACAAACAAAGGGAAAUAAACUGCAUAUAAUUGUUACCUCACGUAAUUAUAUCCUAAAUGAAGCACUUCAACGAAUGUAUUGUCCAACAUUUUUCACUGAUGAAAACACAGUGAAACUUUCGUCAGAACAAUUAAGCUACAGUGAAAAAAAAGACAUACUGGAAUGUCACCUGAAUAUGGAAGGAAGGGAAUGUUCGAAAGAAUUCGUCCAAAAAUGUGUCCAAUGUAGAAAAGAGUCAGCUGCAGAAAGUCAGUCCUUCCCGAUAGGGUUUCCAGAAUGCGCCCGACUUUUUUGUCAAAGAAAGGAUCUUUAUCAGAAAGGUCACAAAUUCUUUCAACAACCUCUACAUUUUAUCAAAGAACACAUAAGGACCGUCUUUGGCGAGGAUGAGCUUACUUUUCUGGCAUACUUCCUGGUAUGGGCACAGGAAAACCAAGAACUGUCUAUACAAGAUAUUGAAUUACCGAUUCAUGUUACUCCUGAUUCUGUCAUAUCUGUCAUAAAGAGCCUACAAUUUUCACCUGAACAUUGCCUUAGAAAGAUAGGACAGUGCUUGAUAGAACAUCGAGAUGGUUUUCUCAAUUUUGACAACAAUACGGGAAUGUAUCAAUUCAGUCACAAAGUUAUCGCUGAUGUUGUUGGAUUGAUCGCGUUUGAAAGAAAUACUACCGCGGCGCUUACCAGCUGCGACUUUGACUUUGCUAUGAGGUACAUCAGGACGGAACAAACACAGCAGGACACACUAUAUGUUUCACCAUAUAGAUUCAGUAGGCUUAGUGUCAAACUGGUCGAGUUCAUGACAAUCGAAGCUAACCAAAUAGACGGAUCAGUGAUACAACAUGAAGCAUUUCGUAAUAAGACGUUUUGCAACACUUUCUGUGAAACACCAUCCAUACAGCUAGAUUCGAUUCUGGUUGUGCACGUUCAGUCAUUAUCAACGGUAUUUAUGCAGUAUGAUAUUGAACUCCAAUAUGACAAAUCACGAUUAGCAUCAUUUAGUCUUUUCAAAGGAAAUGGCAAAAGCGUGUUUGCGGAACUUUGCUUUGGCAAGUCGAUUAUUCCGAAAGAAGUAUUAGAAGAGGAACUAUAUUUGUCCACAAUGAUUGCUAUACGAUUCGGCGUCAUAGAUACGCUUGUCUGGCUAUCUGAACAUGGCACAAAGGUUACAGAUGAAAUGAUUAUUCUAGCUGCAAAGGAGGAAAAACACGACGUCAUACAGUUUUUGCAAAGAAAAUGCGACAAAAAUGAGGCAGACGUUUCACUUGGAUGGAAUAAGAAAUCAAAACAGAACCCAGUUUUAUGGAUGGUACAAAACGGAGCAUCAAUUGCUGUCAGUUUAUUGCUUAGUCGGCACAACGACUUCAAAUAUGUAAAGAUAAAGAAUAAGAGUUGUACAGCUUUGCAUGUCGCAUGUCACUUUGGGUCUGCAGAAAUUGCCGGAAUAAUUUUAGAUAAUUAUUCUUAUUUGGAUCAUGAAAAUGAACACGGUUAUCAUCCGAUACACAUUGCAGCCAAAAAGGGUCAUACAGAAACAGUAAUGGCUCUUUUGGAGAAAAAAAAGGAAGCGCAAAUUUGCAAGACAUUGACGUUGCCAAAAAAAGAUAGUAUCAAAGGGUUGACUCUGUUACACGUAGCGAUUUGGGUUGACAAUGAUGAAUUAGCAGAAAAACUCGUGAAAACAGGCUUUUUUGCGAGGAAAUUGGACGCAUUACAAAGAACACCUUUGGUAUUUGCACUGAAUGGUAGAAAACAUCGAUGCAUCAAACAGCUUUUGCAGAUGGACGAAAUAGAUAAGGAAACGCCAGAUUUGGAUGGAAACACUCCAUUACACAUAGCAAUUCUAAAGGCGAAUCAUGAAAGUAGCUACGUGGAGUAUGCAAAAGCCCUUUGUGAUAAAGUUGAUGUAAACAUACAAAAUAAAGAUGGUGAUACUGCUCUUCACUUCGCAUACGCUACCAAAGAGUCAGAAAUAAGGAACAAACUGUUAGAAAAUCCGAAUGUCAAGCGAAAUAUAAAAAACAAACAAGACAGAAUUCCUUCUCAGGUUCUGCAGCUAAGUACUGACGAAGAAUACGAACAAGAUGUUAAUGAAGAUGAUGUGUAAACACUUAAAUGAAAUGUUGUCAGGUAGAAUUGGUGUCUUGUUUCAGACUUUUCGUAUUGAAAAUAGCAGCUAUGUACGAGACACUGAAUCCACAUAAUAAAAGUGAAAUAGCUUAACAACGACAACUUUUCUACACAGCAUGAAUUGUACGUGAAUUUAAAAUUAAACAUUGUUUCAGAACAAGGUACUCGCCUUUCAGUAGCAGUGAAAACGGCUGAAGCAAAAGAGAUAUCUGGUAUUUUAUAAAUACUUUAUGUUACAAUACAAAAGAGGACAAAUUACUGCAGUCGUAUUGUCUUCAGUACUGCAGUCGUAUUGUCUUCAGUUUCAUUGUCACAGAGAACUUUCGGCUUGCUCAGAUCAUUACAGAUAGCCACAGAGCAAGUAGGAGGAUGAUAUCGCACAACUACGGUUAUCCUGAUUUCAGUUGUACGAAGUUCAUGUUAUAUUGGUCUGAUAAUAUUUUCGAACGAUAGAGAUUAGAUGUUGAUUUUGAAUGUCGGACAAAUAUACUAACUAACAUAUCAGUUCGCGUAAUUGGUCCGAUAUUUAUAGGUUACAUACGCAUCUAUACGUAAAUAUAUUAUGUAAAUAUCAUAAAUAUGUUCAAUAGCCUGAAUAGGAUUAACAAUACUGAACUAAAUAGAAAAAAGUAGUGCAACAACACACACUGAAUUACGUCACGCACCCGAUAUGAAAUUCAGGCGUCAGUGUAUUGAAAAAUAUUGACGUUUCCGGUACCAGUGUAACUUAACGGAUAACAGAAAGGAGUAUGUAAUAAACAAAUGUAUAAAUGUUUGAUCGGAAACAGUGGAUUGGAAGUUCUGUGCUCUUGUUACUUUAAUUAUUCCAAAAACAGUUGUAGCGUAACUAUAAUAACACACUUACGUAACUGGUAUGCGUUAGCUGUUGCAAUUAAGUUUGACGAUACUAAUGACGUUAUCACUCUGGGCAGUCAUGGCUUUAGCUUAUCAACUAGCAAAGAUAAUGCAAUUAGUGUUCUGCGUUUGAAAUAUUCAUAAACUAUAUGUAUCACGAUGUUCAUGUGUGUAAUAUUUUUCUUCAUAUUUGUUUAUAUUUCAUUAGGAUUAUGCAUAUUGUGUUACUUCACAUUGUUUUAGUCUUGUUUGGUUUACACUUAUUUAUGUUAGCUUACCUGCGAUAAAAACGGUCAGCUUAUUGGAAUUGCUCUCAAUUCCGCAUUUUCAAAAGACCUAAGUUCCUAUUCAUCUGUGUUGAAAGAUACAAAAUACGCAUUUUUGACUAAAAUAGUUUUCAUUGGAUAUAAACUUUAAAUGUAAAAGUGCUCAUCAAAUUGUAUUUAACUUUGCUAAAUACAAAAGCAAUUUGUUUCUAUAGAGCUUUCAAAAAGCUGCCAAUUGUUAGUACAUAACCAAACUACGGCUAAUUAUACAUACAUAACACACAUUUUACUGUUUAUAUACAAAAACCUGUGUAUUUCGUAUUAACAUGGAUUAUGCGUUGUCAUUGUUCAAUUUUCUAACAUUGAAUUAUGGGCAUAUGAUCCCUUUAAGUUUUAAUCUAAGACAUAUACUCUGAAAGGCUUAAUUUUCUUUUUUUUCCCUGGCGUAAUGGUUUGUAAUGAAGCUUUGUAUGAAUGCGCAUUUUGCGGUUACAAAAGAUUUGCUCUUAAUUGUUUGUUAAGUUAAAUACUGACCCAUACUGGGGCCAUAUGAGAAGAUGUCGAAAUGACACCAGUUAGGCUCUAUGUUUUUGAAGGGUAUUUUCAGUUUGAAAUGUAUACAAUUGUCAUAUUAUUUUGUAUACAAAAACAUACGUUUUUGAAAUUGACACAUUUCACAAUAUAUUCUGUCAACACUUGCAUGUUAACACUUACAAUAAUAUGGAGGGUAAUAUUAAUUUUGCUUCGAAAUUCAAAAGAAAAUGUAAACUGUUGAUUCGCUUUUUAACAUUUGUUUCAGUUUUUAUAUAUAAAAUUGGAUAGAAGGUUAUUAAAUGUUUAUUAUGUCAUGCUUUUAAUAGUUUUUUACGCAAUGAGCUUGUAUAUGCUAAAUAUUGAUUUUAUAAUGAUUUCAUUCUCGGUAAAUUUAAAAAUGUUCAACGCAGGGUUGAUUUUUGCAACUUCCAUGGAAUUACAUAUGAGUAUAAGGAAAUAAAUUUUACACGAUGGUUAUUUCAUAUUUUAUCAACAUUAAAUGUAAUACAAUUAUACCUGUGUGCUAGCAAGCAUAACAAACUUUGCAAUACAAUUAACUAAACAAAGAAUAUCGCAGGUCAAAACCUGUGUGUUUUUAAAUUUAUUUCCUUUUUUAUCAAAAAUUAAUUUGUUGCGUAUCAUAUGAAAAAAUACAAAGGUUGUUAAAAUUAAUAUUUCGUGACUCACGUGCUACAUGUUCAUUACUUUUUUUUAAUUGUAGUAAGGAAGCACGUUUUGUUAACGCCUGUCGACAUUAUUUCUAGUUUUUGCACGUGCAACUGCGGUCUUUAAAUGUUUUUUUCUUGUUUUCUUGUUGGACUUAUUUCUAAAUAAUUAGCCUAUAUACUUAUGUAGGAGUUAUGUAUUGUUUUUCCUUGAACAACUACCGAAUCAGGUUGUAGAUUAUGAUAUAAUUCUAUCUGUAGUUUUAUAGAUCAUUAUUUUUCAAAUUAGUGUAAACUGAUAUUAUGUAUGAGUGACAUUACAUGUACCAGAUAUGUAAAGUUAUUUUCAUGUCACGCAUCCUUCAUGCCUCCUUAUUGCGGAUAUAUAUGUAAUGUAUAAUGUAACUAUCAGAAUCCAUUACUUUUGUUUCCGAGUAUUUAAAGUUAGACACAAAGAAUGCAUAUAUGAAUACUGCGAAAUAUUUCCAAUUAUAUAUCUUUUAGCUUCAAUCCUUAAAAGGUGAUCCGGCUUUUUAACCUCGUUUUUGAAGUGAAAUUGGGGAAUUAAUUGUAAAGAACUUUCUAUGAUAUAGGAAUACUUAGUAAUUUGUAGAUAAAUACAAUAGGGCCCUGAUAGCCCUAUAUCGAUCACCUGAAGAAAGAAGGUCAGUAGGUCACAUCCAUGGACACUGAGUUCAGUUUUAAGAUCGGUGUGCAAAACUGUACACGCCAUCCAAAUUUUAAGACUGUAUCUUAAAAAAACAAAAAUGUAGGUCAGUAGGUCAAAUUCCACAUGACCCAGAUUCCUAUUUGAUUUAAGAUCAUCAACGUUAACAUUCUGACCAAGUUUCAUGAAGAUACAGUCAUGAAUGUGGCCUCUAGAGGGUUAACAAGCUUUACUCUUGAUUUGAUCUAGUGACCUAGUUUCUGACUCCACUUGGCCUAGAUUUAAACUUGACCUAAAGAUUAUCAAGAUUAACAUUCUGGGUAAGUUUCAUAGAGAAAUCUUCAUAAAUGUGGCCUCUAGAGUGAUAACUAGCCUUUUCUUUGAUUUGACCUGGUGGCCUAGUUUUUGACCCCACAUGACCCAGAUUUUACUUGACCUAUAGAUCAUUAAGAUUAACAAUCUGACCACGUUUCAUGAAGAUACAGUCAUAAUGUGGCCUCUAGAGUGUUAACUAGCUUUUCGUUUUAUUUGACCUGGUGACCUAGAUUUUGACCCCACGUAACCCAGAUUGAACUUGACCUAGAAAUCAUCAAUAUUAACAUUCUGACCAAGUUUCAGCAAGAUGUAGUCAUAAAUGUGGCCUUUAGAGUGUUAACAAGCUUUACCUUUGAUUUGACCCGGUGACCUAGUUUCUGACUCCACUGAUCCUAGAUUUGAACUUGACCUAACGAUCACCAAAAUUAAUAUUCUGACCAAGUUUCAUAGAGAUAUUUUUUAUAAAUAUGGCCUAUAAAUUGUUAACAAGUUUCACAUUUUAUUUAACCUGGUGACGUAGUCUUUUAUCCCGCCUGACUCAGAUUUAAACUUGACAUAAAAAUCAUCAAGGUUAACAUUCUUACCAAAUUUCAUUAAGAUAUGAUCAUAAAUGUGGCCUUUAGAGUAUUAAUCAGAUUUUCGUUUAAUUUGACUUGGUGACCUAGUUUUUGACCCCACCUGAUCCAGAUUUAGACUUGGCCUAAAAAUCAUCAAUAUUAACAUUCCGACAAAGUUUCAUUAUGGUAUGGUCAUAAAUGUGGCCUCUACAGUGUUAACUAGCUCUUCCAUUGAUUUGGCCUGGUGACCUAGGUUUGAAUUUGACCUAAAGAUUUUCAAGAUUAACAUUCUGACCAAAAUUCAUAAAAUAUGAUAAUAAUUGUGGCCUCUAGAGGGUUAAUAAGCCUUACCUUUGAUUUGACUUGAUGGCCUAGUUUAACAUGUUAUCGGAAACAAAUUUUUUUAGGCCUUAUCAGAUCGUAUCUAACACGCCACAAUAUCUACAUACAUUUAUUUAUAUAAAAUCUGUAAGAAGAUCCUUUGAGAGAAACUGAAUGAACUUGUACAAUUUUAAACUUAGAACGUUUGAAAUAUUCAAAUAUUGCAUAAAGAUUUUAAAGAAAUUCUGUAUGUGGAAUAUGUGGCAAUUCUGUAAAAAAUGUGUUUUUUUUAUACAAUUAGUAUUUAUCAUGCUGCCAGACAUAUGGAUUUUUGUAAGACUUCUGUAUUAAAUUGCAUAAACAUUCAGAAGGUUUGGAAAUGUAUUUAUCUUAUAAUUAUAUUAUAGACAUUCUGUGUGAAACAUGUUGAAUAUAUAACUGUUCUGAAAAAUUGUUGCAUAUCGUUAGAUAACAUGUAACAUGCCGCAAUAUUUAUACACAUUACAAGGGUCUUGAAUCCUCUGUAUGAAAUUGAAAGAGUUUGUUUAAACUUUUAUGACCUUCCCGUGAGCCUUAAAUCUUGUUGGAACAUGCAAAUAGUGUAAACCCACUGUAUACAAUGGAAGCGCUGUUUUCAUCGACUUUCAUACAUGUAGCCUAAAAUAUUUGGUAAUAUAUCUUAAGAGAAUGGCUUGGCUGAUUUUUAUAUAUUUAUCUCUUAUUUGCCCAAACUAAUCACUGAAAUAAAAUUUUAUGUUUUUUUCAUAUUAAACGAAGCGACAUUUGAGAAUAAUAAUGCGUAGUCUACAUUCUUCAAAAAUAUAUUCAAUUUCGUGCAUUUAUUGUUCUGUCAGUUAACUUACUGAUAUUGAUGUAAAUUGAAACACUGCGUGAGCAUUAAAUGUAACAAAACCAGAUUUGAAAUUCAUAUCGAUUUAAAUUCGGAAUCUCGAAUUCCAAGAGACCGAACAUUUUUCUUCGAUAUAACCGAUAGUUUACUUAAAAUGAUUCUUGAAGCAGCGGAAUUUGUUGUCUCAUUGUACCUUUAAACAUGACAUGUUCAUAUGAUAUAAAGUUUUAGAGUGCGCAGCAAUUUGAAACGCAUUUUGCUGAUAAGUUUUUUUUUGUUUGUAACACAUGAUCACGCUUUUAUUUAGGUAAUAAAAUUUUCCUUCGACACAGAGACGUAAAUACUCGUAUAUGAAUUUGACGUUUUGGUUUUCAAUUUUUCUACGACACGUUCGAAUCCGGCGUGCGUAGAAAUUGACUUCAACGUUAUAUAGUAAAAUCCUCUUUUUAUUUGUAAUCUUACGUUUAGUAUUAUUUUAUUUAUUGAUUCUUGCUAGCAAUAGCAGCUCUAUAAGCGUCUUACCUUUAGACGUAGAAUUAUGUUAUAUACAUUCAUAACUCUAAAGCCAUGUAGCGUAGUUUUACAAAUAGUUACUAAAUACAUGUAUUUUCAAUAAACUUGAUGCUGUUUUUA